AUGGAUGAGAUGUAGGGCAACCAGUAGACGCCCGGGAUUCUGGACUCCGGCUUAUUUAAAAUGAAUGAGGGCGCGCGAUUUUGCACAAGAUAUUGAUAGCAGUUCUGUAGUGGCUGGAGGCGCGGUCUUUGCAGCUUUAUACGCUCUUUCUUGCUUUGAGAUUAAUUCAAAAUGGCUGAUGACGAGAUUGCCGCUCUGGUUGUGGACAACGGCUCCGGAAUGUGCAAAGCAGGAUUUGCAGGAGAUGAUGCCCCCCGAGCAGUGUUUCCCUCCAUUGUAGGUCGGCCCAGGCAUCAGGGGGUCAUGGUGGGGAUGGGCCAGAAGGACAGCUAUGUAGGGGACGAGGCGCAGAGCAAGAGAGGCAUCCUCACCCUGAAGUAUCCCAUUGAACAUGGCAUCGUCACCAACUGGGAUGACAUGGAGAAGAUCUGGCACCAUACCUUCUACAAUGAGUUGCGAGUGGCCCCAGAGGAACACCCGGUCUUGCUUACCGAAGCACCCCUGAACCCGAAAGCCAACCGAGAGAAGAUGACGCAGAUCAUGUUUGAGACCUUCAACACGCCAGCCAUGUAUGUGGCCAUCCAAGCGGUGUUGUCCCUGUACGCCUCCGGCCGUACCACCGGAAUUGUCAUGGACUCUGGGGAUGGGGUGACUCACACGGUGCCCAUCUAUGAGGGUUAUGCCCUGCCCCACGCCAUCCUGCGUCUGGACCUGGCCGGCCGUGACCUGACUGACUACCUCAUGAAGAUCCUGACUGAGAGGGGCUACAGCUUCACCACCACGGCUGAGAGGGAGAUUGUGAGGGACAUCAAGGAGAAGCUUUGCUAUGUUGCUCUCGAUUUUGAGCAGGAGAUGGCCACGGCUGCUUUGUCAUCCUCCCUGGAGAAGAGCUACGAGCUGCCUGACGGGCAGGUGAUCACCAUUGGUAAUGAGCGCUUCAGGUGUCCUGAGGCCCUCUUCCAGCCCUCUUUCCUGGGCAUGGAGUCAUGCGGCAUCCACGAGACCACCUUCAAUUCUAUCAUGAAGUGUGAUGUGGACAUUCGCAAGGAUCUGUAUGCCAACACAGUGCUGUCUGGUGGCAGCACCAUGUACCCUGGCAUUGCUGACCGGAUGCAGAAGGAGAUCAUGGCCUUGGCCCCCAGCACGAUGAAGAUCAAGAUCAUUGCCCCCCCUGAGCGCAAAUACUCAGUGUGGAUUGGGGGCUCCAUCCUGGCCUCUCUGUCCACCUUCCAGCAGAUGUGGAUCAGCAAGCAAGAGUAUGAUGAGUCUGGCCCAUCCAUUGUCCACCGCAAAUGCUUUUAACGAUCCAAGUAGUCAGCGUCUUCUGCUGGAGUUGAUAGAUAUCAUCAUGCCUUGUUUUUAUCUUUUAAGUUCUGUUGCAAAAUCUUUAGUAUUGAGCCGAUUCCUGAAUUAUCUCUUGCUUUAUGCCACCCUCGUCCGCUGUCUUGCCAGGUCUAUGCUGUUGAUCCCGAAUCAUGUUCAUCUUCUCUUUGUGACUCAUGACUGCUUCUGCAUUCUAAGCUUAGCGUCUGAGGGAAAAGUGUUGCUUUUUCUCACUGCAAUAGUGGAAUUAGUAAUUGAUUCCUAUCGAUUUUCUGUGUCGAACAAAGAAAAGCUAAUAAAAGUCCUGCUAAAUAAAGUAAAAA